AAAGCUCCCUUCCCAUCCCCAGCUCAGCAAUCCCGAGCCAGCCGCACGCCGGACAAUAACCCAGCCGGGGAUGCGGAGACACCCGCCACGGCUGCUCUGCCCGUGAGCCCAGACCGCGAGAGCAGGGGGCACCGGCUGGGUGGGGGCUGCUGGCCACCGGCUUCCUUCCCCCCCCACCCGGUCGCUUCGCCUGGAUCCUUGUGAGCCGGAGCGUGAGCCAGCAAGGGGGCUGAGGAGGCUGGGAAAAUGGAGGUCAUCGAGGCUAGCACCGCUCAGCAGGAGAGGCUGCAGGCCAUCGCGGAGAAGCGGAAACGUCAGACAGAGAUCGAGAAUAAAAGGCGCCAGCUUGAGGACGACAGACGCCAGCUCCAGCAUCUCAAGUCCAAGGCCCUGCGGGAGAGAUGGCUGCUGGAAGGCACCCCCUCGUCUGCCUCCGAAGAGGACGAGGCCAUGAAGAAGCAGAUGCAGGAGGAUGAGGCGAAGACCAGGGAGCUUGAGGACACCAUCCAGAGGCUAGAGAAGGAGCUGGAAAUCCUGGAGAACGGGGAAUCGGUGCCUUCCACCACAGACAGCCUGGCAGAGGGGACCGCCGCCUCGGCUCCAGCUCCAGAGGAGAAGAUUGAGGAGAAGGCACAAAAGACUCCAGUGGCUGCUGCCAAAGCAGAGAAGAAAGUCUCCAACAGCCCCAUGAAGGCCGUGGAGGGCACGGACAUGAUGAAGGCAGCCAUGUACUCGGUGGAGAUCACAGUGGAGAAGGACCGAGUCACUGGGGAGACCAAGGUCUUAUCCAGCACCACCCUGCUCCCCAAGGAUCAUUGCCUGCAGGGGGUCAAGGUGUACGAGGAUGAGCUGAAAGUGGUCCACGCCGUCCGCACGGAAGACGGGGCCCUGGAGAACGGCGUCCACCUGCUCAGCUCCUCGGAGGUGGACGAGCUCAUCCACAAGGCCGACGAGGUGACCUUGAGCGAGGCCUCCGAGCGGGACUUCAAGGUCAAAGAGGCCCCGAAGGCGGGUGGGGAGAGCCACCCGCCCGGCCAGGCGCCCACGCCCCGAAAGGAGAUCACGGGCGUGCAGGCCAAGCCGGUGGAGAGCCCCAAGCUCCUGGCCUCCGGCGAGGGCGCCGAGCCCAGCAAGGAGCAGCCGGUGACGAUGAUCUUCAUGGGCUACCAGAACGUGGAGGACGAGAAUGAGACCAAGAAGGUGCUGGGCCUGGAGGGCACCAUCAAAGCCGAGCUGGUGGUGAUCGAAGACGCGGAGAACAAGCCGGCGCCGGCCGCGGACUCCGUGGUCAAGAACCACGGCCCGCCCAACGGCAGCGCGGUGGCGCCCGUCACCACCGCCCCCCUGCCAGCCAAGGAGGACGCCCAGGCCGGGGAGAAACCAGAGCCCAAUGCCACCGAUGCCAAGGCGGUAGAGCAGGACCUAGACAUGAAGAAGCACCGUUGCAAGUGCUGCACACUGAUGUGAGCCCCCCCACCCCACCCCUCCGCCCCCCCGCUCGUCGGAGCGGUCCCCACCCCUCCCCUGCCCCGUCGUACAGCCGAAAAGGACUGUGUGCCCCCCUGCCCGCCCGCCCGCCCCCUGCUCCCCACCUCCGACCCUCCCUAGCGAUCGACGCGCGACCAGCUCCGGGCGACGCAGUAUUUUCUGUACGUACCAGACACGACUCCUUGUCUUCGGGGCCCGGCGCAUCCCGCGCAGUGUUUGUAACGUGUAUAAUAAGCAGCACCACAUCGAGGCCAAGGGACCCCCCCUCACCCCCAUCGUGAUGCCAGCUUCCACCCGCCAACCCCCCACCCGGCGCUGAAUAUUAUAUUUAUUAUAGACACUUAUUUUCCCCCCGAGCCCUUCCUUUGCCCGCCUCAGUUUCCCCCACGCCCUUCCCCCCGUGGUAGCGGGGGUCUCGCCGAGAUCUUUGGGCCGUCGCGGGGGGCUGUCCUCAUUAAACUCUCUUUCCCAUGGGA